AUGCCCCAGUCCAUCAAGUUGUUUUACCCCUCAACUAGAGUCAUAAUUGACUGCACAGAGAUUAAAACUGAGCGUCCAUCAUCCUCAGCACAUGGGUCAAAAUGUUAUUCAACAUAUAAGAGUUCACACACAUGGAAAGGGCUUGUAGGAAUCGCUCCUCAUGAAGCUCUCACUUUUGUGUCCUCAUUAUACACAGGGUGCAUGUCAGACGUCGAAAUAACAAAAUUAUCUGGCCUACUUGAUCUUAUGGAAGAAGGUGACUCAAUUAUGGCUGACAAAGGGUUUGUGAUGAACAAGGUAUUAGAAGGUACAGGCAUUUCUGUCAACACCCCUCCCUUUUUUCUUAGCCAAGGUCAGUUUUCAAAGCAGGAAGUAGAGCAAACACAAAUUAUUGCAAAGCUAAGAAUACACAUAGAACAACAUAUUCGUAGGGUCAAAGAAUACCAUCUCUUUGAUGAUGUCAUCCCAUUGAGUAUGACUGGUACAAUAAAUCAGAUUUGGACUGUUGCUAAUAUGCUGACUCUGUUCAGAGGUCCUCUUGUCAAAGAUUGGUGUAAAUGA